AUGAACAAUGGUCAACAACAACAAAUAGCAUCAAGGUUGUCAGCCGAUAGUUAUGAUAUCGCACCGGGAGCUAAAAAACAUUCAAAAUCGCAUAAACCAAAAAUCAAGAAAAAUAAGCAAGCUAAAUCGAAAAAUGGUAAAUCUAGCAAAGCUAACUGUCCACCAGGCAGUAGUAGUGGUAGUGGUAAUAGUAGCCCAGGUAGACAACCGGCUAGUAGUAGUAUGCAACAGGAGCAACAAAUUGUUAUCAAUGUACCUGAGGACAUAAUACCUGCUGGAGUUAUGGUAGCACCUAUAGGACCGGCACAGUCAGGUCCAGCACAAGUACCUGGACCACCAUCAGGAUCGCCUACUAUAGCACCUCCCAGUGCUGCUACUACUGGAGCUCCAAGUAACGGUGCUGCUACACCAGCAAUCACUACAAUGCCCCAGCCACAGUGUGCCGAUAGGCCGGCACUGGGCGAUACAACUAACGACUCGUUUGAACAAGAGUGUCUGGGUCCAAUUAAUACUGAUAGAUCGAUGCACAGUGGACAGGCAUUAACCAUAAGUCAACAACUAGUACAAUAUGCCAGAUCCAGGUGCAAUACAAUAUCCCAGUGCGAAGGUCUGGCCAAUGGACAUGCUGGUUUAACAAUGUACGGUGAAAAUAUAUUUUGGUCUGGCGACACUAACAAUGUUACGGCAGCAUGCUCAGCUGCAGUAUCUAAUUGGUAUGAUGAACGCACUGACUAUGACUACAAUAUGCCCGGUUUUAGUGUCAAAACCGGCCACUUUACCCAAUUGGUUUGGUUGGCCACUGGCCAGGUCGGGUGCGCCCGAUGCGAGGGCCGCGGCUCAAUGUACUACGAAACCUAUGUUGUAUGUAAUUUUGAAACGGCCGGUAAUGUYGAUGGACAGUAUGCCGAUAAUGUUAAACAAUCGUAA